AUGGCUAAAAGGUCUAAAAAACCUAAACUAGUUUUAAAAAAACCUCUUGCCAAAGUCAGUAAACAUAAUGUGUUAAACGAACAUAAUUACUCUUUGGCUUCGAAAAAGAUUUGCAUUAUGAAAAUAUCACAAGAUUUGACAAAUACACAAAUUGUAAAUAAAAAAGUAACUGAUAAUAACGAAUGUGGUUCAGUACCAGAUUGGCUAAAGUAUCAUAACUUAUCAAGUGAGGAAGAAGAUGACUGUGAAGAGAAAACUGUUUCUCAAUUAUUAAUAAUGGAAUUUCAAAAAGACUCUGGAAAUUCAUAUAAGGUAUACUUAAAGUAUCUUGUUUAAGUUUUAAUGCAUUUUAAUCUGAUAGGAUUUCAAAAACAGCUAUUCAAAAAUAAUGUUUUCAGAUUUGCUUUAUUAAAUAACAAUUCAAUUGUUUUUAAAAGUCCCAACAUAUUGUUAAGGUUGUUAUUUUUAAACAUACAACUAUCAUAUACAAUAUCUAUAAUUUUAAAUUCCUAAUGAAUCACUCAUUUAUUGCUCAAUAAUAUAAUCGUUAUUUGUAAUUGAAGUUGUAUUUGUGAAUUAUAAUUAAAUAAAAAAUUAAGUCAUAAAAUAAUUUUGUGCUAUUUUAGAUUCAGAGUGUAACCACUACUUAUCACCAAAACUUUUAAACCACUUUUGAUCUAUUAUGGAAUCUUAUUCUUUGGGAGUUUUUUUAUUGUCAUUAGGGUUUAAAUACAUGUAGAGACUUGAAACUUUGUAAUAAUAUUUUUAUUAGACUUAUCUAAAAGUGUUAAAAUUUCCACAAUCAUCUGUCAAUUUUUUCUUAAUUUGUGUUUUAAAAUCAAAUUUAGAAGAAAAUCUCAAAUAUUAUGUAAUACCAAACUGCACUCAGAAUCGUUUUUCAUCAAGCAAUGGCUUAUCAUUGUUUACAGAUAUAAAUUAAAUAACCUUAUGUAUUUUACCUUCCCAACUUCUCACCUACAACAGUGGCCACUUCCAUCCCCAGUAUCAGCUCUUUUUUCUUAUUGCAGUAUUCAAUGUGUGUACAACUACACAUUAUAUAUUAUUAUUAGUAUUAAGUAUUAGUCUUUAUAGGUAACUACAAUUAACGGUUUUGCAUUACAUAGAAUUACAAAGAUAGUAAUUUUAUACACAUGCUAUUAUAUAUUUAUAACUAAUUAUUUUAGGUUUGUCCUCCUUUUGAUUGGAUCCAUCUUAUAUAUUUAACUGUAAAGAAUUGCACUGAAGAAUACGUAACAUGUCAUGAUGUAGACAUAUUUUGCAGGUUUAUUCAUUUGAUUCUUAACUUUAUUUUUAAUAUAUAAAUUUAUAUAUUGUUAUUAUUUAUAGACAUUGGUUCCCAUAUUAUUUAAACAAAUCAUGGAUUAACAAUAUUAGUUCAGUAUUAAACUGUCCCAGUAAUAAAUAUUUUAACUGUUCAUCUAUGGUUUUAUUUGGCAAAUCUGUUAGGUGGGCUGUUAAUAUUGAAUCGGUGAAUAUUUUGGAGGAUUCAUUGAUGUCUAUAGUUAAGAAACAUGAGGAAAAAAUAAAAUCAGCAAUGAGAUAUCCUGGUAUCUUAUAUUAAUAUAAAUAAUAUAAUAUAAUUUAUAUUAAACAUAUCUACAAUAGGUGAGAACUUACAAAUAAGAAUUUAUUUAAUUUCAGAUAAACUACCUACAAUAUUGAGAGGAUAUGGUGUGCAUUAUUUGGGAUAUAAAUGUUUCAAUAUUUUUGGUUUCAAUAAUUUAGUUUCCAAUAAAAAUAUACCAUUUAAGAAAAGGAAACAAUGA